CAUAGACCGCACCAUUGAGUCACUCGGCCAGCAGCCAUGGUCAGUAAACAGUGUGGAGCUGAAGAUGGACAGGGGCAGACAAGCGCUCUUCAGAUAAUUUAGUGCGGCAACAAUGAAGUUACGAUGCAUGGCCAUAUGCUGUCUAUUGAUACUGAAUCUGUCAAGGUGUGAUGGUUCAGUGUCAGUCGGUGCUACAGCAGUAGGGCUGGCAGGAGCUGCUCUCUACGCUGGGUUUGACAAACUCCGCUGCACCUUCUAUGAGUGUUGCUCCAACAAUGCCAAUUGGGUCAAACCUAACAUGACAGCUCUGAAUAUAGCCCUAGAGGCACAGCUUCACGGGCAACAUUUAGUGCGACACGUUGUCUCAAGGGCACUCAAGGCUCAUCUACAGAAUGACAAUCCUAGCAAGGCCCUAGUAAUGAGCUUCCAUGGUUGGACAGGAGGAGGAAAGAAUUAUGUUUCCAAGUUCAUUGCUGAGAAUAUGUACAAGCUUGGGACGAAGAGUCAGUAUGUUCAUGUCUUUGUCAGCACCGUUGACUUCCCUCAUGAGGGAAAGGUUGACAUUUAUAAGCUGAAUCUGCAAGAUUGGAUCCGUGGUAAUGUCAGCAGGUGUGAGAGGUCUCUCUUUAUCUUCGAUGAGAUUGACAAGAUGCCCUUGGGGAUGAUUAAUGGCAUUAAACCUUUCAUUGACUAUCAUGAAUCCAUUAAUGGAGUGGAUUUCAGGAAGUCUAUAUUCAUCUUCCUGAGUAACACUGGAGGGCCAGAUAUCACUAGAGCAAUGUUGAAGAUGUGGCGUUCAGGAAAAAAUCGUGAGGAUAUUAGCAUGGUGGACCUUGAGCACCUCACGCAGCUUGGGGCAUUCAAUGAAGAAGGAGGUCUACAUAAGAGUGAGAUAAUACAGCACAGUCUGGUUGACCACUACAUACCAUUCUUGCCGCUGGAAAGACGUCACAUAGAACUCUGUGCUAGGGAUGAGAUAAUUAGACGUGGACACAAAGCAACUAAAGAUUUAAUCAAAAAAGUAGCAGAUGAAAUGAUGUACUUUCCUCCAGAAAAUAAAUUGUUCUCCACUACUGGCUGCAAGAGAAUUUCCCAGAAAGUAGGAUUUUUACUUGCUGAUGAAGAAUACAACCGAUUAUUUGAUUAAAGACUUCCAUGAACACUGUAUUAUGAGGUCAAGUUAAGAAAUUAUGUAUAAUCAGAAUAAUUUCCCUGUACUGUAGAUUCCACUGUACUGUACCUGUAAUGUAAAACUGGUAAAUUCAUCGUGAAGAUCUGUUCUACAAAAUUUGGAUUUACUUUUUGGGGGAUACAAUACUAUUUAUAAUUUGUGGAUUGGUCAUUUUCCAAUAUCUUUGAGGUGCUUUUCUUCUAUUUAUUUUUUCCAUUACUUGCACCAGUGUGCAGUGCAGUCGGUAAAUAAGGAUUUUAUUAGAACAGGUAUGGACAGCAUUCAGUAAUUGUGAAUUUUAUUAAUAUUGUAUGUAUACAGAAAAAGUUGCUAUAAAGACACAUACUGAGUUUGUAGCAGUAUUUUCUGUUGGAGAAUAUGGUAAAGGUCUCAGUACAUUAAUAUUUCUGCACAUCUAUUUACUGUACUGUACUGCACUGCACUGCACUGCACUGUGCUUGUAAGUCAUGUGCAUGUUAAUUAUACUAUUUGAAUAGUAUGGAUAUAUUACAUAUUACAACUGAUAUUAAUGAAUUUUGUGGAAGAAAAAUCCGGAUACUUAUACUGUAGUGUACUUUAUUAACAAAUAUUGUUCCCAUCUCAGUAAUUGAAGUUAUGAACUGCAGUACCCAGAAGAAGUUAUCAAAUUCUAUUGAACAUUACUCGGUUCAUUUGUAACCAAUUUAUAAGGUCAGAUAUUGGAUUUUUUCCCACUGUUAAAUUACCAGAUUUUCAUUUGACUGAUAUAUUAUUUGUUGUCCUUUUAAUGCCAUAGAUUUCUUCAAGAUACUGUUACUCAUGUAAAGUAUUUUGUAUAUAUAAUCUGUAAACAUGUCAGUAGUUAACCUGAGGACCUGUCAUAUACCUGCAUAAAGAGCUGUUUUAUGUUAUUUUUGGAAAAGUAACAAUUUCCAGUUGCUGAUUUUUUAAGUAAUUUAAAAAGAUGUGUAGUUUAGAUACACCAAAUCAAGACAAAAACUUUUUUUGGGUUAAUCGUUUUGCUUCUUAUUUGUAUUAAUGAAAAAUAUUUGUUAUACAUGCUCUUACCUCUAUUGUGAAAGCUGCAAUUUAUUUUACUUCAACCUCAGGGCCAUAGAUUGAAGAAACAUUAGACUAACUGGAUUGUUUGCACAGAAGUACAGAAUACCAGUUUUCUUCUCUAAAUUUCACUUUGCUGAAAAAAAAAAUGGUGCAUUCCAAGAUAACAGUACAGGCAGCCUUUGAGUUAUGUACGAGUUCCAUUCCUACAGACGUUCAUAAGUCGAAAAUGUACUCAAGUCGAAUCACAUACCCUCUGUGCAUACUGAACCUACAGAACAAUGUUUAAAAUCUCACUACCUGUAUAUCAUAGCCUAAGUCCUCAUAUAUAUAAAAAAUCACUUAAUUUAAGAAAAAAGAAGAAAUAGAAUGAAAAAUACAGUACAGUAAUUAGAAAAAAAAUUAGGUAAAGGUAGUAGGUAGUAAGCAGCUAUCAAACAGAGAGAUACUACCGCCUGGGAAGAUAUUAAAAGCAUAAUAUGUUGUCUAAUGUGCCCGAGUAGGCUAAUCCUCAUUAAAAAAAAUUCAUAUCGGCGGAUGUUCGUAAGUCGGACGUACAUAAUCUGGGGACCUCCUUACACUGUAAAGAAAUAUUAUACACUUCCUUGCAUCCUCAUGUAGAGUGAAACACUACAUAUGGACACCCUCAUUGGUUGAACACUUCAUAUUUAAUUCACUUUGUUUCUUAAGCAGGUUCAUCACCAAGACUUACAUCUCCAGUUACUCUUCCACUUAUGUUAAAAUUUCUUCUUCACCAUGUGUGGUCUCUAGUCACUCACCUUGGCAUGCUCCCUGACAUAUUCCCAGACCUGAACAACUAAGUUACUGGCUCUUACUUUAUUUAUACUUGGACAUCUUUCUGAGUUUAUCUCCACACCACCUGUAUUUUUCACAUUCACCCAGUCUCUACUGUCCCAAUUUCUAAGUUAUAAUUCCUUUGCACUUUGUUUACUUCUACUGUUGUCAUUCCUGACAUCUUUUGGGGGAAUAUUUAGUUAUAAGGGUUGGAUGAAGCAAUACUUUUGUAGGUUUCCAGCAUAAUUCACAUCAAACUUUUUUCCAAAACUUAUGAGGCAUGUGCCCUUCUUCUCCCUUACAAGUUUCUUUAUUUAUACAUCUUUCCAGCCAGCUGUACAGCAAUACACGGUACUAAGAGAAGUUUUGUUUUCCUGUGUCUGAAACCUGAUGAGAUUACCAGCCUCACACCCCUUGGGCUAACUGUGUUAUUAGCAGGCAUUGGCAUUGCUAUAUCCCUGCACAGUGAGGAAGGGAAACUCCUUCAAAGGACACGUCUAUUAAAGCACUGGGAAAGAAUUAAUGAUUAUAAUCAUUAAGAGUCAAAUUUGCUCUUAAUAUUGGCCAUUCUUAAAGAGUUUACAGUGUAAUAAUUGCAACAGCAACUCCAAAAUACAAAAAAAAAUGGAUUUAUUUUGAUCUGUGAAUUACCCUUUACUUUUUCAUAAUACUGUACAGUAUUUUACUUCUCUUAAAAUUCAUUGUAUGUUGUACAGCAUUCUUCCUCAUAGUUCAUUGACUUCAGAAAAUUCAAUACAAGGUUGUAGCAUUUACAUGUUGUGUUUAUAAAAUAUGUUGUUUGGAUAUUCACCAAUAAUUUUCUUGCUCAGUAAUAGCAUUAGAAAGUAAAUUAAAUACGCUUAUUAUUCAUGUAAGAUACAAGAAUAAAACCAAAAACCACUUGUUUGUUACAAGUAUAUGCAUGUACAGUAGAUAAAUUAAAUAAUAUAAGUAGGGAACUAUGAGACCAUUAAAAAAAAAAGCAAUUGUUCAAAAUUACUAUUACCUGAAAGUAUUGAGAUUUUUCUUUGUUUGAGGAAGACUGCAUCUGGCCAAUCCAUAAUACAGUACACCACAGAGAGAACAAGGACUAAGGAAUAUAAAGUGCAGUAAAGAUAAUUUAUUUCUGACAUACAGGUAAACCUAGAUAAACGGUGGGGUUUGGUUCCUGAAAACCCAUCAUUAAGGGAAAUAUCAUAGAUAUGGAGCAUUAUAACAUGCGAUUCAAUGGGAUACGUCCCCAAAGGUUACACUGCUCACUUCAGUUACAAAAACGGAGCAAAGGUACUUGUCAUAAAAACAUCGAACGAUGAUAACGUAAACACAAUGAUAGCGGCUGACACUACUCGCACCAUUUUCACAACAACAUAGGCGAAGCAUUUUAGUCACAAAAACAGAAAAUAUUACUUUACAGUCACCAUGUUAAUGCUGUCCUCUCACUAAAAAACCAAAAAAAAAAGCACCCAUGGUAAGUACAGUCAAUGAUGCUGAACAAUAAUCGUGGAGCAAUGGGAUGGUAGGGUUAUGAUCGACAAAGAACCAAGCGCAGGGCUGUAGUGCACGCAUUGGCCAUGUGACGGCACACAGGUAGGGCUGACAAGUGAAGCUAGAGAUGCGUGGUGCAUAGGGUUAAAUAUUAUUUCCUUAUAAAAUGUCACUGACUUUACAUAAAAAAAAUGUAAACUACAUUGUUGGAAUCCUUGCAAGACAGCGAUUAACUUGAGUAUAUACAACCCAUAGUUUGCAAUAGAGAUAAAAAAAAAUUCCACCUAAUGGAUAUUGAUUAAUAUGGUUAAAGCGAUUUUUUUUUAUAUUUCGUAUAUAGUGAAAUGAUCUUAAUUCGUGACCAUCAUUAAAGCGGAAUAUUGCUGGUGAGACAUCGUUUAUCGAGGUUUACCUGCCUUUGGAUAUUGGUUGUUUUCAAAUUGGAAACUAGAAUUCUGAAGAAUUUUCAUCAGAUUUGUUGGAAUGCUUACACUUAAUGAGCUGGUGUGCUAUAUGAUACAGUAUUUUGUUUUAAGGUACAUAAUGUAUGAAUGGUCACAUUUGCAUAUAUUAAUUCAAAUCGGUAAAUGGAAAUUAUGUAUGUUGUCACUUCAUAUUACAAUACAUUGUGGAGAAUAUUUCUAGUUAUUGAUUUACUGUUCAAAUUGUCAUCUUGCCUUAAACAGUGAAAAAGGUUAGCUACAUUGUGAAAAAAAAUUUAAAGUCUAUUCCAUACAUUUCUUCCAUUCCAGUGUUAUUGUUCCUAGAUAAUAUAUUUGAGAAUUGUAAGGGAAUGGCCUUGAUCAAUUGUAUACCGAAAUUCUGUACAAGAAACAUAUUUUUCCAAAUAGGAUAUAAAAAAUUUGAAUUUGGCUGUGUUAUGUUUUGUACAUAAAUAUUAGCAUUAUCAGGGAAUGGAGAAAAAGUGUAGUUUCAAAAGGUCCUGUUCCACAUAGAAUACAGUAUGUCUUUGCUUUUCUGUUGUAAUUCUUAUGUGUUAAAACAAGAAUAUUUUGUAACUUUUCUGGUAAUGAAACUUAGUCCAUAAAGUUAUUUGUUUUUAAUCUGGUUGUGUACUGUACUGAGACGUAUACAUGUAUGUACAUCAAAUACUUUGAUGAGUAAAAUUCUGAAGUUACAUAAAAUUAGCUCUUUGAUUUUUUAUUGCAGGGUUUAACUUUCUUUAAAUCAUAGUGCAAGAUUGAAAAGUGUCAGCUUCUUAUGUCAUCUUUCUUAAAUAAUAUGGUCAUGUAGCACUGCAUAUAUCAUGAUUUAGAGGUAAUUAUCUUGACUGUUCAGAGGUAAUUACCCUGCUUAUUCAAUAAGUAGGGUUAUACAGUAUUCUAUAUGACUUUGUUCAUGUAGGUAAUCCUUGUUUAAUAUGUUAUAUAUGUUAAUUGAUAAUAUGUAUGUUGCAAAUAAAUCGGUCUAAUUUUGUGUGGUAGUUAAGUAAAAUAGUACCAUAAUUGAAGACAUGGUAUCAGCACUGUGUUGGGCACUGGUCACCAACUCAGCUGGUGGAGACCAUGGCAGAAGCAGACGUGCCUGGCUGGUGUGAGGUUGUAGUUCAGUUGGUCUGGACUCAGGAUAUUAUUGUGGAGAUAAGUGGUGUAUACUUUUGUCCUGUUCAAGUGCAUUUUAAGGCUGCUGUUAGGGCUUAAGUUGAUUUAGGCUGUGGCUCUCAAUAUUUCUUUGUUUUUCCUUUACAUGUCCCUUGUAUAUAUGUUCUUUAAUUUUAUUAUACUAAUUUA